AUGCACUUCGUGUGUUUCAGCGUAAUUCAACUGUUGAUCGUAGUGGUUUCUGGUUUAGCUGUCGGUAACUGUGCCGGGGAGAGUAGGAAGAUAGACGAAGUGCAAUAUAAAAAUCACCGGACGGCGUCCGUCAGCAACGAAACGUUGAAGAAUCAUAAAGCGUAUCCGGUGUAUCCGGUGCAGGUAUAUGCCAACCUGUCGAACGUCAGGGAUUUUGAAUCGGUCAAUCUGAAUGCGGAACAGCAGCAGCCAUCGAGGACUACAGAAACGCCAACUGACGUGGUGCAAGUGUUCUUCAACUCGGCCACCGCGGGCAAGAGCAAGAAACCGCUGCAGAACGCUGCCGCUGRGACGACACCUAUUCCUGUUUCGACCGUUCCAGCUGCAGGUUCCGUUUACAGGACCGUAACGUCGUCUACAUACAUAGUGACCGCUGAGAACGUCGCCGUAUCCACCGACACCAAAGACUCGCCGCACCACAAGUCACCCGUUUAUUCGGUACCUCGGUCCGGGGCCGAAGUUCAGUACGCAACUUCGACGRUGGACUUCCGGGGAGCGCCGACGGUCACCGAAGAACAAUCGAGAAUUAAAACGAAAUUCAAUGGCACGAAAAUCAAGCGAAUCUUAAAGGCGCAAAACCAGGCAGCGCAGUCGUCGCUUCACUCCACUGUAGCCACCAUCACUGCCGCACAAACGCCACCCCAGUUCGCCAGUAGUAAUCAGCAAAAUUCGACCGGUUUCGUGGUCAACGCCAAGGCAAAUGCUACCGUGGUAGCAUCGUCGAAACCGUUUGCAACCGUGCUGGUACCCAAACACGUCUUGGACGGUGGAGUCCAGCAUCAGCAAGUGUUACGAGACUACGCGCAGCAAGAAGACUCGUUCCGGCCAAUUGUUCCGCCGACAUUCACGUCGUACAAAUCGUCAAACGCCGCCGUCGACACGAACAGCAUCGUCGAUAACAGACGAAGUUCGAUCAAGAGCAACCAACAACAGCUCCUGCAACAAAAAAUCUCUGCAGUGACGUCCGUCCCGAAAUUGAGCAAUUUCGGGUUCGUGAAACCACCCAUGUACAAGGUGCAAGAAUAUGUCCCGGGCGAAGUGAACCCGUCCGCCGUACUCAACCGCGGAUACAGUAACGAACAGGACAGGUCGGACCGCUCUUCCGUGAUUUCCCAAAAACGGGAUACCGGAAAUUCGUACAAGCGCGACCAUCAGUCACCACUGUCGUAUUACGAAAACGAGCAGAAGUACGAAGGUCUACUGAAAAGAGGAGAAUCGUUGAAAUACGGAGUCACUGAACCGGAGGUGGGACAGUUUGACAGUGGCAGUGGUCCGCAGCAAUAUCGCGAGUACUAUCAGGCCACCGAAUGGCCGGCCGCUGCGGUCAAUUAYGAGCAAUACGACGCGAGAUCGCCACCGCAGCAGUUCGAAUCGGUCCGAUUGCCAGGACCGGUGUCGGAAACAAUACCUAAAGAGUACUUCAACGGCCCAUUCUCAAGUUUUUCGCCUAUAAGUCCGCCUGCCAGUGUUUCGUCUCUGCAGAGCCCCUCAAAAACGGAAUCCAGUGACGUAGAGUUCGAAAUGGGUAACCUGAACGCCAAAGACGUACUGAAAUCGCUACUGCGUGACAUGCUUAAGUCUAAACAGCAAUCUGAGCUCAAGCCGAAAACGCCACCUUCUAUUGACGACAUCAUCGAAUCGUAUCUCACCAAUAACCAACAAAAGGCAGACGACAGUUUCAAAAUACAAACAGACAUGAACUGCAACUUGCGGUCCUCCAAGUACAUUACCGACGGACAGUGCGUGUCUACCAAACCUGUGGUUGAAGCCGUAUGUGCCGACCGCUGUCUUGUUUCGGCCAACUCGUUGAGUCAUAGACAUCGAUCUUCUAUGCUUGAUAACACGCAGGUAAACAUAUAG